AUGAGGUUUUUUUUUGCGGUCGAGUUUUGUGUUGCGUCCCGUUGGUUGCUAAGCAGCAACGAAACCGGGGAUCGUGCUAAAAACAGCAGCAGUAGCAGCAAUAGUAAAGCUGGGAGGAGGAAGAGGAGCUGGAAGAACGAAUCCAGUUGCUGCAGGAGCCAUUGCGAAGAAGAUGGGGGCAGUGUGAUGGACAUGUUGCUCACGCUCGCCAUGAUUUGCGUCCUGGCGACGGUGUUUUUCGAAGGUGCGAGGCAUUGGCUGCUGGAGUCGGAUGAAACGGCGACGACGACGUCUUCUUCUUCUUCCUCCUUGGAGUACGAGGUUGAUGCGUUGAGACACGAGGCCAAGGCGAACAAGACCGGGCGUCGGAUCCCGACGGCGACGACGACGACGGCUGCUCAGUCGAAACGCGUCUGCACCGCGAAAAGCAGCAGCGAGUCUCGUCCUGGAGAAUCCUUGGAACAGGGAAGACGAAUAAUGACGAGGAAGAAGGCGAGAAGACGGAGACUCGUGCGAGAAAGAGACUGGGACGACAAUAACGUGGACGACGGUGUCUUUGAAGAAGUCGUGUGGACCGAGUCUGUGCUCAAGUGCUGGGAAGAGUGUCAGAGGCGGACUUAUUGUGUCAAUUUUGUGGUGCGAUUGUCGAUUGGCGGCGUCAAAGCCCGUGGAGCAGCGUACAAACUAUUGGGUCCAGCGUCAGAUGCCAUCUUGUGGCUGCAGCUGAAGUUACACUUGGGAUUUGGAUGUGAUGAGAUGACUUUUUCUUUUCUCAAGUCUGGCACUGUUGAAGGCUGAGAAUUGAUGCACAAGGGUCAAUAAAAUUCAUGGGAAAUAUUUAUAUCUUUGAGAUUUUAUAAAAGCUAAAUGAUGCAGGAGAACUAC